GGUUUAAGCGGCUGUGCGCAUCGGCCCCUUAGCAAAUUUCGCGAUCGUUUCGAGCGACGGUGUUUGAUCGGUGAUCUUCAAGGAUCUGUGGCGAUCGGUACAAGUGGUUAAUCUGUAAGAGUCAAACUGCUAUUCAGAAUCAAGCAAUGUUACUACACGAAAGUGCCGCCAGCAUGGAACAGAGUAUGCCCGAGAAUCUCAGCACUCAUGUUUACGGCGAAUGUGAAGUGAAGUUGCCUUCGCCAGGCACUCACGAUCCCGUGGAUAGUGAUCGUGAUCGGUCGCCUAAGGAGUCCAUCCAUAGUCCUGAGACAAGUAUCUCCAGUCCAACGCCUCCCACCGCCACUAGCACCACCAAAGUGAAACUCAGUUUCAGUGUCGAUCGAUUGCUGAGCUCUGAGCCAAGCGAAUCGCUGACAAACUCUUCAUCCUCUUCCUCGAGGUCCUGCUGCGAUGGCAGUGUUUUCUCCUGCUGCACAUUUCCACACUGUUUCAGUCAAGCGAGUGCAGAGGCUUCCAAGAUGGGGCAUGUUGCUGUUCCACAAACGACGAGUCAUCAUUAUCCCUAUGCGGGAUUGGAUAAGCUAUACCCUAACCUUUAUAUGGAUUACAAAUCUGUGCUGAGGCCAACGCCCAUUCGAGCUAAUGAACAUGCCACCACAUAUCCCACUCUGGCAACAAACGCUCUUCUGCGCUUCCAUCAGCAGCACCACCACCACCAACAGCAACAACAGCCACAGCACCAUCAGCCCCACUUUCAUCAGCAGAAACCUGCCACCAAUACAUCUUCAACAGCUGCGGCACUGUUGGCGCCUCUUCAUGGCCUCAAAUCCCUGCAGUUGACGCAGCAGCAGCGAUUUCUGGGCAAGUCACAACAGCAGCUACUGGACAACAUUCCCACAUCGCAGGCGGGUGGCACAUUACAAAAUGGCAGCCAAAAUGGGGGCGGCAACAGCAACAGUGGCAACAACAGCAAUGGGAAACGGAAACGCUCCUGGUCACGGGCUGUCUUUACGAAUCUCCAGCGAAAGGGACUGGAAAUACAGUUCCAGCAACAGAAGUACAUCACAAAGCCAGAUCGACGCAAGCUGGCGGCACGCUUGAAUCUGACAGAUGCGCAGGUCAAAGUAUGGUUCCAGAAUCGCCGCAUGAAAUGGCGGCAUACACGAGAGAAUCUAAAAAGUGGUCAGGAGAAGCAGCCUCAUCCGCAGCCCCCGAAUGCGGCUGCCUCAAAGCCAUCUACCAUCACAGGUACAGGCAAUCAUCCGCAGGAGCAUAUCGAGUAUAGCUCCGAUAGCUGCUCCAGUGUGGAGCUCAGCGAACAGGGCGACGAUGAUAUAGAAAUCGAUGUCGUGGAAUAGCUCCUAAUUCUACAUUCAUAUGUAUGUACAUGCAUGUAGCAUGUCGCCAGCUUCUUACUUGUGUAAAAU